CUACCUUCCUCCAUUCCCCCCUCUCAUCCUUCCUUGCUUCCUCAGUCGGGCUCGGUUAGAUGUGCUGUUAGGUCCAGUCAAGGCUUUGUCCUUCCUCUCAAGAUGUCCUGGACUCAAGUCUCGGUCGUCUCUUUGUCCGCCCUCCUCCUCAUCCUCACCAUUUCCAGUUUUGCGGAAGGCGCAGCCGUACGGGACGACUCCAAACCGGACAAUCCCAGAGGUGCAGCACAGCGGGUGUUUGUGCCUGAGACAGAUGCGUCGAGCUUCUUCAAACGCCGCGGCCGUCGCUCAGUCCGAUACUAUGAGCUCCAAGUGGAGCAAAGGAUGAAGAUCUCCGCGAGCGAGCAGAGGAGGGAGUACAAUGAGGAGCAGAGGGACGAGUACGAGAAUUACCUGGAGGAGGACCGCGACGAGCAAGGUGAGAGAACGAGGGAAACGACUGAGCAGAUGCGAGAGUAUCACUACGAUGGGCUGUAUCCUCGUUAUCACUGGUUCCACUGAGGGUGACCAUUUUGGAUGAGUCCAAACAAUAAAAUGUAUCAAAACUACAGUUUUAUUAUAAGCUAAACAUUUGCAUGCUUGUAUACUAUGUACAUAUUAGGUAUACAGUGUACCACAUUUUGUCUUUCACCAGAUGUUUUUGCUAAGAAGCUGAAUUUAGGUUUUGAAGUAAACCAAUCAAAUAAAGACAAGUUUCCUUAA